AUGUGGAACACCUCAAAACAACUCACUGCAACCGAAAAGAUACUAAAAAACCGUCCUAAGCAGUUAUAUAACAAGAAGGAAGGCUCCAUGGACAAAAUCACCAAGCCCCUCCCUCAAACUGAACUCUCUCAAAUGAAAGAACUCAACAACAGCCGAAAUUACUCCAGUAAAGUCCUCAAAGUCGCAUAA